AUGAGAUCCCUGGCAACAUCGAACGUCGAGACUGUGAUUGUCUUCCGUGCUCUUUGUCCCGUCAUUGUUGCGUUCCUUGAUGCACUCUUCCUUGGAAGGGAGUGGCCAUCACAGCGCUCAUGGGCUGGUCUUACGACACUCGUAUUGGGAGCAUAUAUGUAUGCAAACGAGGAUGAGAAAUUCCAAACACAAGGCUACUCUGCAUAUGGUUGGCCAACUCUCUACACGGUUGUAAUUGCUUUGGAAAUGGCUUACGGGAAAUCGAUUGUUAAGUCUGUGCCCUUGAAAACCAGGUCGGGGCCUGUAAUUUACACUAACGUGCUUGGCUUUGUUCCAAUGCUUCUAUUUGCCAAUCUUGGAAACGAGUAUGGCAAACUGUGGGACUUUUGGUGGGCUAGCUCUGAACAACGAUUUCCUCCUGCCAGCGUUGCUCUUUUGAUCGUCGGGUCUAUUGUGGGAACGCUUAUUGGCUACAGUGGUUGGUGGUGUCGAAGCGUUGUAUCAGCUACGAGUUUCACACUCAUUGGUGUUGUGAACAAAUGUCUCACCAUUUUGAUGAAUGUAAUGAUCUGGGAUCAACAUGCCACACCUGGUGGCAUUUUCUCUUUGUUCAUUUGCAUUUCAGGUGGCUUAAUCUACCAACAAUCACCGAUGCGCGGAGCAAGUAGUAAGACGGCAGAAACCGAAGGCAGCGAAAAGGUUUCUGCAGAUGAAGAGACGAUGGAAUUGAUGGAGAAAGAUCAAGGUCAAAGUUCCACACAGAAGCGACGGGGAUAG